AUGGCGGCCCUCCUGGACACCCCAUCACGGGUGUUGAGAAGGGUACAACAGUACGAAGACAUGGAACUACCGUCGCUCCCCAGCUUCCAGCACGACAUUGAUUUUGAGAGCGACCAGUCGGACCACUUUGACAACAGUUACGACGUGUCGAUGUCCAUCAAGGAUGUAAACGAUAUGGGUACACCAUACAUCCCUCGCUCCUCCCUUUCGCCACCACCGACCGAAUCCACCAUUGUCCCUCGCUCUCGUACCCCCCCGCAGCUGGCUUCACCCCUCCCCGCGGGUGAUACUCUUCUCGAUCAGUCAGUAUUGUCUGGCACCCAUGCCGGAUUUACCUCAACUCCCUAUUCGGAGCAGUUCAACUCUAGCGUUCCGUUCUUGGAGGACCUUUCGGCCUCUCGGAGCCUGAUUCGCGACUCGGAUGUCGCUCCUCCCCAUACCGAGGACUGGGACAACACAUCUGCGUCGUUUCGCCUUCCGGCCCCCUCAGCCGCUUCCGAGCUCCAACAGGAUAACACCGAACUUGCCGAUCCGUCACUCCCGCAACCCUCGUUCUUGUCUGAUCAGUCCCUUGCUGCGACUCCUGUCCCUCGUCAUUUCGACGCCCGUACCAAGUCGGCAUCGCCUCCAGCCGCCAUCAAGAGUCCGCUCCUCACAGAGGGAACAGGCAGCCGUAUACCCAGUCUGAGCCGCAGCGAAUUUUCGGGCACGGAUAAUGAGGCAACGACUCCAGAGGGCCCAGACCGCUUUGUCGAGGCCCCACCCAAACCCACGGCGGUCGACGCUGACGGUGGCAACUACGAGUUCAACACAACGAUGGCGAGUCGUGCAUCCUUGGAAGACAUUACCGAGGGUAUGGAUGCGGUUUCGCCUGCGAAGUCAAACACAACUUCCAAUCAGGCCACGCCGGCAGCGAUGAGGUACAUGGACAUGCCGUCUACGGCGGCAAGAGCUGCGGCCACACCGUUCCCUAAUGUGCACGGCAACGCGCUACGGGAUGUUACCCCGGUAUUCCGCAACCGUGCCCCUUACACUCCAUCCCCGGACUACUCGCCUUCUGCUGCCGACCCCAGUACCCCUCGUGCUCCUUUAGACGACGCCGAAAGGCGUAAAAGUCACGUCCUCUCAGUGCUCGCCUCAUCGUCACUCCCUUCGCGCACCAAGAAGCGCAGCACGCCGUUCCCAGCGCGGCGAGUUUCAUUGGCGCCAGAAACCGAGUCAAUCGCAGAAGAGAGUGGUCUUGGUAUCACCUUUGCCCGCUCCCUUGUGGCAGAUGACACCUUGCAGUCGGUAGCAAACGAGUCGUUUGUCUCCAUUGCUUCUUCUCAGGAUCUCACCAUGGACCGUCGAGGUUCACGCGCGCACAACCACCAGCGCGGCAACACGUCAGUUCCCAACAUUCUCAUGGGUGCCUCGGCCACGUCGCCUGGACUGGCUCUCAACCUGGACAAUCGCCCCGACGCCAUCAAGAUCCACAAGCAUCUCAACAUGAUGAACAAACAGCUCUUGGACACCAACGCCGAGCUCGCCAGAGAGGCCGAGGACUGGCGCGACGAGUGCGAGCGGUUGAUGGAGAUUAUGGCAGUCGCUGGGAUCGAACUGGAUGAGGACGGCAGAGUCAUCGACGGAAACUCGACCCGCCGUGGCAAGCAUGGCAGUGUAGUCCUCGACACCUCGUCUACAUCCGACCUCCACGCUCUCGAAAAGCAGUUGAAGGAGAAGGACGAUAUCAUGGCUAAGCUUCGGACCGAGGCAACAGGAUCAGGGGAGGUUACUCUUCUCCGUGCCCAACUUGAAGAGUCUGAGACGGCCCAUGCUGCUUUACAGGCCCAGUUUGCCAAAAAAACUGAAGACCACGCCCAGCGUUUUGCGGAAAUCUGCACCGAUUUCGAAGAGCAAGUUGGCGUGCUUGAGGGAGAAUUGGCCACCGCCAGAACUGAAGCAAAUCGCCUCCGCGAAAAACACGACUCCCUAACCUCGACUCUCCACGACGAGACGCAGGUUCAACUCCGCGAAGAGAUCCACUUGCUGCGUGCGGAUCUCAACUACGCGCAAGAGGCUGCUCGGGCAGCUUCCGAACAGGCUUCAGCCGCAAACGAGCAGGCUUCUGCGGCAUCCGAGAAGGCUUCAGUGGCGGUCGAGCAGGCCUCCUCGACGCACUCGCAAUUCCAGGCGGCGGAGAAAGCACUCCAACUUGCUGAAACGCGGUAUCACGAACUCGAGAUCAAGGAGAGCGCUCAGCACCACCAAUUGCUUGACAGCGAGACCCAACUUGCCGAGUUGCGAUUGCAAGUAGAGACUGCCGAGAAAAAGGCGGCAGACGCUACUGAGCAGCUUGCCUUCCUUAAACACGGUACGGCUACGGAAGCCACUCUCGAGGACGAGAUCCAGUCGCUCCAGACCCGUGUCCAUGGCUUGGAGCAUUCCCUCGCUGCUACGGAGCGCGAGGUCGACAGCCAGCGCAAUUCUGCCGAGGCGCUCCGAGACACUGUUGAGCAACAGGCCAAGGAUGUUGAAACGGCUCAACAGCAUCUGGAUGAUCUCCGUCGCGAGCUGGAGCACGCAAACGCGCUCGUUUCGGCCAAGGAAGAGGAGGUUGCGUCCUUGCAAAAUCAUUUAGAGGUGGCCCAGAUUCAAAAGGAGCUUCCCGCGGACGACCUGCGUGACCCCGGUGACAGCAGCCUCGUUAUGGCCCUCGAGGAUCGUCUAGACGAAGCUUACCGCGAGAUUGGACGCCUGAAGCACGAGGUCAACGAGUCACCAGCUCGCAAAUCGGCCAUCGAGGCCCGCGAUGCACGCAUCAAGACCCUGGAGAUCGAAAAGUUAUCGCUGCAGGAGCGUCUCAAGGGCAAGGAAGUGGCGAGUCCCACCCGCUGGGCCAACUCGAUGAUGACCUCGACACCCAUCGUGAACAAGGCUCUGGCUUCACUGCGGAUGCCUGCUACGCCUGGCCCCAUGAGAGACAUCUCAUGGCUGCAAACGACAAUUGGAGAUUCUAACGAGUCUAUCCUUCGCGCUCAGUUGGAACAUCUGCAGCAGGAGCUCGAUAUCGCCAACACGCAGCUGGACCGCAACUUUGGCCGACUGGAGGACGCUGGUCUUGGGGCGUUGAACCUCGCCGAGAAGCUGGCCAUUGCAAAGGAUCGUAUUGCUCAGCUUGAAGAGCAACUUCGCGCAAUGGCGCGUGACAACAAACAAUCUCUGGCGUCUCUCAAUAUUGGUCGUACAACCAACGACCAGUUGGAGCGCUCUCUCGAGGCAGUGCGCGCCCAGAUGGAUGAGCUCAAGUCCGACAUGUCAGCCGAGAAGGAGCGCCUUCAUGACGACAACCGCCGACUCCGCGUCAUGUUGAGCGAUCUGCAGAUCAAGUGCGACGAGGAGCUGGAGUCACUCAGCUUGGAGAUGGUCCGUAUGCAACGAGAGGCGGACGACAAGGCGACGGACAGCGAGGAGCAAUUGCAGGCUCUUCGAAGCGACAAGGAUGGCCUGGAAGCCAAGCUGCGUGUCUGCCGAACCAGUGUCACGCGUCUUGAACAGGACCUUGCCAGGGCACAACAGUCCAAUGACGCUGCUGUCAGGAAGGACAACCGUAUUCGCGACCAGUCGGCUGCCAUUGCUGAACGCGAAGACACCAUCAAGUUCCUCCAGAGCUCCCUGGCGGAAACUCGGGACGAGGCAGGGAAGAUUCGUGACACUCUGCGCCAGCGUGUAAGGGCUCUGGAGAUUGCGGAACGCCGUGUCUCGGACUUGCAAGCAGAGCGCACCCGCGUCACCCGCGAGCUCGUGGAGUUUGGAGAGGACCUCAACGUACAGAGGCAAGAAUGUGCCAAGUUUGGGGCUGAACUAGCUACCCUUCGUCAAGAGCAGGCCGAUGGGACAGCAGUGCAGGUAACGAACAUGGGCAAACUGGAAGAUCAACUCCGGUGGACGCGCAACCGCUUGGACCAAGCUAUCAGUCAAGCUCAAGAAGCCGACAGUCGCUGCAUCCUGUUGGAGACGCAGGCUGCGGAGCAGGCGUCGCAAAGCCGAACCGCCACCGAUGAACAGCGCCACAAGUUCAAAGUGCAGACCCGUCGCCUCUCGGCCCAAAUCGAGUACCUCAAGGCCAAGUACACCCGCGAGGCGACUUUCAGGAAUGCUCUAUCCUUACAGAAGAAGUUCCUGUUGCUUCUUGUAGGCGGAAUGAGCCUCAAUGAACAGGCCACUCUUCGCGCGAUUGCGCGCAUGGCGGACCAGUGGAAGAUGACCAAGGAGACGCGGUCCAUUGGUGUGGCGCGGAAGUAG